AUGUUCACUCAACGGCCUUCAUUCCGCUACCUGGCCACCGGGGCCGUGGUGUCCUUGUUUAUCCUUGCAUUCCUCGUCUUCGGCACUGGCUCACCCUCGCUCUCAUCACAAUUUAAUAUAAAGACACAAUCACGACCGCAGUAUUGUGCCCCUCCCGUGAACUCUUCUGCUGGUUGGGACUUUGUUGUUGAGCGCGAUGGAAAUAACCACGGUCUCUCCGAGGACCAGUGCCGCAUUGCUUUCCCAAAGUUAUUUGUUGAGAUUGACAAGUCGUCUGCAUUAAGGGAAAAUAAGCUUGUUACCUAUAAGGAGCUCGAUUCCAGAACAGUGGAUGAUGGAAUGCUGUAUAUUGUCGACUACGCCCCCAUGCCAGUCACAGCAUCUCGAGCACGCGCCACCCUCAACUCCCUCCACCGCGCCCUGACAGCAUUCCCAGACCGCCACCUCCUACCCAGCAUCGAGUUCAUCUUCACCACAGAAGACUUCGCAGAAGACACAACCGCACAAAGUCCCAUCUGGGCCUACUCAAAACGCGACUCAGACACUGCAGUCUGGCUAAUGCCCGACUUCGGCUACUGGGCCUGGCCAGAGGUACAGAUCGGACCGUACCAUGAAGUCCGCCGUCGCAUUGCCGCAAUCGACGACGGCGAAACCGCCGCAGACGGUACAUACGUACCGGGCCUGCAAUUCCAGGAGAAGAAAAAGCAGCUCGUAUGGCGCGGCAGUCUGGCAACGAACCCGCCCGUCCGCAGCAAACUCCUCAAGUCUGCCCUGGGUCGUAGCUGGGCGAGUGUGCACCACUGCCGGUACAUGUUCCUCGCACACACAGAGGGUCGGAGCUUCUCUGGUCGUGGGAAGUAUCUCCUGAACUGCCGUUCCGUUGUUGUCUCCCAUGCGCUUGAAUGGCGCGAGGCGCAUCAUGCGGCCCUGAUAUCGUCCGGCCCGGAUGCAAACUAUAUUGAGGUUGACCGGGAUUGGUCUGAUCUCUCGCGCAAGAUCGAUUAUCUGAUUGAUAACCCCGAGAUUGCGGAGCGUAUUGCUAAUAAUGCCGUGCGCACUUUCCGUGAUCGGUAUCUUACUCCUGCGGCGGAGUCGUGCUACUGGCGUCAGUUGAUUCGGCAGUACUCUGCUGCUUGCGAUUUCGAGCCCGUUUUGUUCUCGACGGCCCGGGAUGGGAAGACACAACCCCGCGGUGUUCCUUACGAUACUUGGCUGCUUAUGCAUUGA